AUGGAGAUCCCCGCAGACCUGACCCUCAAGACCCUCAAGGGGUCCUGGACACUGGUACCUACCCAUCCAGCUACUCGAAAAGCAAUGCUAAUGCGACCAGGACAAAUCCAUCUCCGACGACAUGGACCCGAUCCUCAAGCUCGUACGUCUGCCUUUCUCUCUUCCCCAGUCAACCCCACUAACUUGUCGCAGCAAGGCGUCGGCUGGCUCACACGCAAAGGCAUUGGCGCCGCAACACUCACCCUAACCUUCGAGUCCUCCGUCUCCGACACCCAGAUAACAACCAUAACCAUGCGCCAGACGCUGACUGGCGGAAUCGGCGGGUCGACAGAGGAGCGCAUCAUGGACUGGACCGAGCGCGAGCGCGCAAACCACAUCUACGGCAAUGUGCAGACGCGCAGCCAGCUCGUCAAGGGCGUUAAGAGCGACGACAGCGCUUUUCGUCCGGAUCUGACGCUGCAGUCGAAUAGCGAUAAUGAGAGUAUCAAGCAGGAGAUUAAGAACUUUCUGCAGGCGGGCAAUCCGUAUCUGGAGCCUGGGCAGGAUGGGGAAAAGGAGAUUCCGGAUCUGUAUAUUCAUGAUUUUGGACGGAAUGAGAAUGGGGGGUGGACGGCGGAGCAGGUCUGGGGGAUUGAGGUUAUCGAUUCGCAGCGCUACUUGACGCGUCGGAUUGCUGCGGUGAAGGAGGAUGGGUAUGAAUUGGCUCGCUUGGCGUAUAAGUUCUCUAGUUUGUAA